AUGAAUACUCUCGAUCCUUCCUCAGCUGUACCCCAUCAAGAUGCUCCGGCCCAUAUCGACACUACCGUCAACCCUGGUCCCCCUGCUCCUCUUGGUACUAAUGCUGUCCCUGGUACAUCUGAUACUAUCAAUGUUUUCACUGCCCGUCCUAUGGACAUUGACGUUGAGUUCGAUAACGAGGUAAACCGUAAUGGUAAUAACUCAAAAUCGCCCUUGGUUGGUCCUGCUUCUGAAGCACCCAACUCGAAGUCACCCUUCACUGGAUCUGGUUCUGCAGCUCCCGAUCGUAACACGUUUGAAGUAAACGCUGAUCGUGCACUGAUCAGAAUCGGCGAAAUCCAAUCGAAACUUGCUGCCCUAUACGAGAAGGAGUCUGCAAUCAUGGAUGUCUUACCAGCAACCAUCGAUGAUUCUAACCUCAGGGAGUUGCAACUCAAUACUAUUCGACGUGAUAUUGCUCAUUGGAAUGCCCAAAUUGUUGUUAAUAACGAUUUGUACACUUCUUGCAAACAAACGUCUGUCAAGUUAAUUACUAGCUUGGCCCAGGUAAUGAAGUUAGAUGAUGCCGAAACUGUUUCUGAAAAGAGACAAAAGGAUCACUCUGACAUUCCAGCUAAGGAGAUUCCGGUCUUUGACGUCAAAUAUUCUGAUUUUGACUCUAAUCCCGACGUCCACAAUCCCGAAGACUACUCUUUAAAAUCUUUCAUUCGUAAGUUUGAAAGAGUCUAUAAGAAUUACGGUGUGGAUGUGGAACUCCACUGGCUUUUCCAUCUCGAAGCUAGUUUUGAGAAUAACGAUCUCUACAACAACUGGUUUCACCAGAACUUUAAAUCUGAAUUGAAAAAUAAGAAAAAGUCAUGGUCUGAUGCGAAGAAAGUCCUUGAACACCGUUUCGAUGCCUCCGCACGUUUGGGUAUAGUUAAAACUAACAUGAUGCUGUAUAAUUUAAAGCAGUAUUCACAUGAACAAUUAGCCCAGUUCAUGGAUCGCUACGGUGCUUGUGUUCGUGCUGCUAGGGUUCAAACCCAGGAAAAUUUCUAUUUUACCGUUAAUUUUUUGAUGUCUCUCUAUACCAAUAGAUUUCAAGAGAAGGUUAAAGAACGUAUGGACGAAUACAUGAAGUUGAAUCCUUUGAAUCAUGAUUCCUCUAUGGCUAGCAAGCACGCUAAUCUCGGUGAAGAUCAAUUCUUUGAAUACUAUAGCAACUUCGGUCGCGUGUGCGAAGCAUUGAAUCAUUUCCUUGGUGAAUUAGAAGUAUCUUUGAAGGAAAUCCAAACCCUUGCUGAUGCCAAGCCUUCUGCCAAUCCUACCGCUCCUUCUGAAUCUAGUACCUCCGGUAAAAAGGAUGCUACAAAGAAAAGAAAACUUGAAGUUACACCUGCUGCUGUUGUUGAAACUACUGCCCCAAGUGUUGUUAACCUCGAGAGAGUGUACGACCACACCUACGAGUUGUCCGCUGAUGAACGCCGCUUUCCGUAUUUUCCGAUGAACAUUAUAAGACUUGUCCUCAAAGAAAGAAGAACACUUCCCACCGAGUAA